UGUUUAUAGCAUGAGGGGGGGGGGGGUCAAGGGAUAUAAAACCCAAACCCAGCAUUACUCACACCACAUCAGGGUCACCUGAAAUUAGUAUAACAAGCUACAAAAAAUGACUUAUGAUGAGGGCUCAUUUGAGGACGGGGGUCUUUUCUAUGGCUUUGAUAACUACUCAGAAUUGCUGGAGAGUCCUGACAACAGUAGCAGUGACACUGAGUACACCUGUAAUGACGGAGCAGGUCUCCAGCUGUUUCAUACUGUGUUCCAACCCCUGGUCUACAGUCUGGUGUUCUUCCUGGGGCUGACAGGUAACGGGCUGAUGUUAACGGUGCUGCUGAAACGCCGUGGCCUCCUGCGGAUCACAGAGAUCUAUCUGUUACACCUGGGCCUGGCUGAUCUGAUGCUGCUUGCCACCUUCCCCUUCGCACUGGCACAGGUGUCCUUGGGGGUGGUGUUCGGAGACGUCCUGUGUAAACUGAUUGGGCUGAUGAACCGCCUCAACUUCCUUUGUGGGAGUCUCCUCCUGGCAUGUAUCGGCUUCGACCGUUACCUGGCCAUCGUGCAUGCCAUCACCAGCCUCCAGAGCCGACGCCCCAGGAACGUACACCUCACCUGCCUGGCACUGUGGCUCGUCUGUCUGGCCUUGUCUGCUCCCAAUGCUGUGUUCCUGUCUGUAGGGGAGAGUCCCAUAGACCCGACUCAGCUCUCAUGCUUCUUCCACAGUCACGGUCUCCAUGCAAACAACUGGGAUCUGACGGAGCGGCUCCUGACCCACGUGCUGUGUUUCUUCCUGCCUCUCGGGGUCAUGACCUACUGCUACACUGCGGUGGCGGUCACCCUGCACCAUAGCCAGAGAGGUCAGCGCAGCCUGGAGAAAGAGGGCGCCAUCAGGCUGGCUGCACUAGUCACUGCUGUGUUCUGCCUGUGCUGGCUGCCCUACAACAUCACCAUGCUGGUGAAGACCCUGGUGGAUCGGGGGUUGGACUCUGGUUUGAGCUGCCAGUCCCGGACUAGUUUGGAUAAGGCCUUGGUGGUGACAGAGAGCCUGGGGUACACACACUGCUGCCUCAACCCGUUGCUGUAUGCCUUCACUGGGGUACGGUUUCGACAGGAUCUCCUGAGACUGCUGGCCCACUGAGUCUGCGGUAAAGGGGUGUACUCCGAGGGGACGGGAGUAGGACGUCGGCGUCGUUCUCUAAAGGACUCACCACCACUAAAAUCCUCUUGUUGACCACCAGAUUGUGGAUCAAUAAUCAACCCUCAGUAUGCCUAACCUCUUUAUGGGGUUGUGGAUCAAUAAUCAACCCUCAGUAUGUCUAACCUCUCUAUGGGGUUGUGGAUCAAUAAUCAACCCUCCGUCUAACCUCUUUAUGGGGUUGUGGAUCAAUAAUCAACCCUCAGUAUGUCGAACCUCUCUUUAUGGGGUUGUGGAUCAAUAAUCAACCCUCAGUAUGACUAACCUCUUUAUGGGGUUGUGGAUCAAUAAUCAACCCUCAGUAUGACUAACCUCUUUAUGGGGUUGUGGAUCAAUAAUCAACCCUCAGUAUGACUAACCUCUUUAUGGGGUUGUGGAUCAAUAACCAACCCUCAGUAUGUCUAACCUCUUUAUGGGGUUGUGGAUCAAUAAUCAACCCUCAGUAUGUCUAACCUCUUUAUGGGGUUGUGGAUCAAUAAUCAACCCUCAGUAUGACUAACCUCUUUAUGGGGUUGUGGAUCAAUAAUCAACCCUCAGUAUGUCUAACCUCUUUAUGGGGUUGUGGAUCAAUAAUCAACCCUCAGUAUGUCUAACCUCUCUUUAUGGGGUUGUGGAUCAAUAAUCAACCCUCAGUAUGUCUAACCUCUUUAUGGGGUUGUGGAUCAAUAAUCAACCCUCAGUAUGACUAACCACUCUAUGGGGUUGUGGAUCAAUAAUCAACCCUCAGUAUGACUAACCUCUUUAUGGGGUUGUGGAUCAAUAAUCAACCCUCAGUAUGUCUAACCUCUCUUUAUGGGGUUGUGGAUCAAUAAUCAACCCUCAGUAUGUCUAACCUCUUUAUGGGGUUGUAGAUCAAUAAUCAACCCUCAGUAUGUCUAACCUCUUUAUGGGGUUGUGGAUCAAUAAUCAACCCUCAGUAUGUCUAACCUCUUUAUGGGGUUGUGGAUCAAUAAUCAAACCUCAGUAUGCCUAACCUCUUUAUGGGGUUGUGGAUCAAUAAUCAACCCUCAGUAUGUCUAACCUCUUUAUGGGGUUGUGGAUCAAUAAUCAACCCUCAGUAUGACUAACCUCUUUAUGGGGUUGUGGAUCAAUAAUCAACCCUCAGUAUGACUAACCUCUUUAUGGGGUUGUGGAUCAAUAAUCAACCCUCAGUAUGUCUAACCUCUUUAUGGGGUUGUGGAUCAAUAACCAACCCCCAGUAUGUCUAACCUCUUUAUGGGGUUGUGGAUCAAUAAUCAACCCUCAGUAUGCCUAACCUCUUUAUGGGGUUGUGGAUCAAUAAUCAACCCUCAGUAUGUCUAACCUCUUUAUGGGGUUGUGGAUCAAUAACCAACCCUCAGUAUGUCUAACCUCUCUAUGGGGUUGUGGAUCAAUAAUCAACCCUCAGUAUGACUAACCUCUUUAUGGGGUUGUGGAUCAAUAAUCAACCCUCAGUAUGACUAACCUCUUUAUGGGGUUGUGGAUCAAUAAUCAACCCUCAGUAUGUCUAACCUCUUUAUGGGGUUGUGGAUCAAUAAUCAAUCCUCAGUAUGUCUAACCUCUUUAUGGGGUUGUGGAUCAAUAAUCAACCCUCAGUAUGACUAACCUCUUUAUGGGGUUGUGGAUCAAUAACCAACCCUCAGUAUGCCUAACCUCUUUAUGGGGUUGUGGAUCAAUAACCAACCCUCAGUAUGUCUAACCUCUCUAUGGGGUUGUGGAUCAAUAAUCAACCCUCAGUAUGACUAACCUCUUUAUGGGGUUGUGGAUCAAUAAUCAACCCUCAGUAUGACUAACCUCUUUAUGGGGUUGUGGAUCAAUAAUCAACCCUCAGUAUGUCUAACCUCUUUAUGGGGUUGUGGCAACAUAUUCACCUGCUUGUGCCUCGUGUGUAUAUACUGACAUACAGAGUCUUCCUUGAUGGCAAUAAUGUUCGACAAACGCUUGUGCUUAUAAACGUCUGGGCAGUUUAUAAAUGUCUUGUGUUCUGGAUAGUUUAUAAAUGUCUUGUGUUCUGGAUAGUUUAUAAAUGUCUUGUGUUCUGGAUAGUUUAUAAAUGUCUUGUGUUCUGGAUAGUUUAUAAAUGUCUUGUGUUCUGGAUAGUUUAUAAAUGACUUGUGUUCUGGAUAGUUUAUAAAUGUCUUGUGUUCUGGAUAGUUUAUAAAUGACUUGUGUUCUGGAUAGUUUAUAAAUGUCUUGUGUUCUGGAUAGUUUAUAAAUGUCUUGUGUUCUGGAUAGUUUAUAAAUGUCUUGUGUUCUGGAUAGUUUAUAAAUGUCUUGUGUUCUGGAUAGUUUAUAAAUGUCUUGUGUUCUGGAUAGUUUAUACAUGUCUUGUGUUCUGGAUAGUUUAUACAUGUCUGGAUAGUUUAUAAAUGUCUUGUGUUCUGGAUAGUUUAUAAAUGUCUUGUGUUCUGGAUAGUUUAUAAACGUCUUGUGUUCUGGACAGUUUAUAAAUGUCUUGUGUUCUGGAUAGUUUAUAAAAGUCUUGUGUUCUGGAUAGUUUAUAAAUGUCUUGUGUUCUGGAUAGUUUAUAAAAGUGUGAAAGUGUAAUAUUGUUCUUUAGCCAAUAGGCCUGCAUUGCUAAUUAUUGACUGUAUGUGAAAUGUAUUGAAUUUAAAAAAUAUAUAAAUAAAAUAUGAUUGAGUGGUUCCCAA